AUGGAGCAAUCAAGAGUAACCGUCAUCGCACUUGUGUGCACUUUGUUCUUUGAAGACCAGAAAAUCUUAGGAACAGAAGUGGACAUCAGAGUUCAACCAGGACACAACAUCACUCUUUUCUGUGACUGUGCGAUUCCAUUUGGUUCACACAUCAUUUGGAUCAGAAACAGCUCACAUGAAAAUCAAUCAUCUCUAUUAAUAAAUACUGAGUACCUGUUCACGCAAACCUUUCCACAUUUCAGUUUUGUGUCCAAAAGCUCAAGUGACUAUUUUUGGGAUCUACAUAUUGAAAACAUCAGUGUCUCUGACCAAGGACUGUAUUAUUGUGGAAUAAUAGAAAGAAAAAUACGAAAUGAUGUAAAUGGCCUCAUAAUCGUUUCAGAUGAGUACCGGUAUGGAAACAGGAGAACUCGUCUCUCAGUAUUGGAGCCAGCAUCUCCUUUUGACGAGUCCACAAUCUCCAACCAUACUUUAUCAAUAAGCAGCCUCUGCUGGAAGCUGCUGUUCAGCGUGAGUCCUGUGUGUGUUCUCUUCUUCUUCAUCAUCUGUGUUUACUGCCUCUGUAAGAAGAAAACUACAGGUUCUGGAGCAGAUUGUGGGGAGAAAGCUGAAACACAGACUGAGAACAGACAUGAUGAGGGUGCAGAUGAAGUGUAUUAUACUUCAUUGAACACGGCUUCCAUACAACAAAAACAGCCGAAGAAAAAGAGAUUGUCCAGUGACUUUAGUGCUUAUUCUGAGGUCAGAUUUAAAAGAACAAACUGCUAAAGAGGAUUCUGGAAUUCUCUGUGAGCUCAGCUGUUUUGAAUAUGAUCAUCAGGUUUAACAUUAACUGAGUCAUUAGAAGUUAGUUUUGCUCUGUAACAGUAUUAAUGAAGUACGUUUUUAAAAAAGCCUGUAAUUUCAUACCUGUAAUCAUAAAAUUAUUGCUAUCAUUAAUUAUUAGUAUUUGUAAAAUUAAACCGUAUGUGUGGAUGUGGUCACUGUAAAUAAAGUGUUAAUAAAAAAUAAA